AUGUCUUCGAGCGCGGCGCCCAAACCGCUUCCGACGUAUGUGACGCUGGUCUCGGGCGCCACAGCCGGUGUCGUAGAGCUCCUGUGCCUGUAUCCCCUCGGUACGUGGGAUGUGCUGACGCAGAUGUCGUCAAGACGCGCCUGCAGCUCCAGCGCUCCUCGGCCGGCGGCAGUGCGCCGUACCGCGGCAUUGUCAACACGCUCGGGCGCAUCGCGCGUGACGAAGGGCGCCGAAGCGCGCGAUCAAGUUCGGGUACGUCGUCGCUACUUACGCAGCGCCAAUGACUUUUGGGGCAAGGUGUUCCGGCCGCUGUUUCCUGGGCGCGGCACGAAUGCCACGCAUGCGCUCCUGACGGGCUGUGCGGCCGGCGCCACGGAAAGCCUGGUCGUCGUGCCGUUCGAGCUCGUCAAGAUCCGCCUGCAGGACCGCGCACAGACACACCUGUACCGUGGCCCGAUGGACGUGGUGCGCAAGAUUGUGGCCGAGUCGGGGUGGGCGGGCCUGUUCCGCGGGCUGCCGGUGACCAUGGUGCGCCACAUUCUGUGGAAUGGCGGCUUCUUUGGCUCGAUCCCCCUGAUCCGCUCGUACAUGCAGCCCCCGACGAACAAGCGCGAACGCAUGCAGAACAUGCUGCUGAGCGGUACGCUCGGCGGCUUCAUCGGCACCCUGCUCAACACGCCUGCGGACGUCGUCAAGACGCGCGUCCAGAAUACGUCGCCGGAGCCGGGGCAGCCGCCCAAGUACCGCGGCAUCGUCCAUGGCUUCGCGCGCAUCCUGCGUGAAGAGGGCCCCGGAGCGCUGUACAAGGGCUUCCUGCCCAAGGUCGUGCGUCUCGCGCCCGGCGGCGGCCUCCUCCUCUUUGUGGUGGAGACCCUCAACGGGCAGGCGCGCCACCUGCUUGGUCCACCUUAUAUCUAA